AUGGCGCGCUCCAAAACCCUAACGGCUGGCCUCUUCACCAUGAUGUUCCUCGCUCCAUGCAUCCUCGCCGCCGACCCAGACCCACUCCAGGACUUCUGCGUGGCCGACCUCGACAGCGAGGUCUCGGUAAACGGGUACCCAUGCGUGCCCACGUCGGAGGCCGGCGACGACUUCCUCUUCUCGUCCAGGCUCGCCACUGUUAGACAUUCCACGGCCGGCAACACGUCCACCCCGAACGGCUCCGCCGUGACACGGCUGGACGUGCGGGGGUUCCCCGGCACCAACACGCAGGGCAUCUCCAUGAACCGCGUCGACUUCGCGCCGGGCGGCAUCAACCCGCCGCACGUCCACCCUCGCGCCAGCGAGAUCGGCAUGGUGACGAGAGGCGAGCUCCUCGUCGGCAUCAUCGGCAGCUUCGAGUCCGGGGAGAGGCUCUACUCCAAGGUGGUGCGCGCCGGGGGGACGUUCCUCAUCCCGCGUGGCCUCAUGCACUUCCAGUACAACGUCGGCGCGGAAGAGGCCUCCAUGUUCGUCUCCUUCAACAGCCAGAACCCCGGCAUCGUCUUCGUGCCGGUAUCGCUCGUAGGCUCAAACCCGCCCAUCCCGACGCCGGUGCUCACCAGGGCGCUCCGGGUGAACGCCUCCGUGGUGGAGCUUCUCAAGUCCAACUUCGCCAGCGGGUCUUACUUCAUUCCUAGGACCGUGGAAUGA